UUUAAAAUUCUGUUCUCGGGGAAGCGGGAGUUCUCUGUUGAGGGGGAAUACUUGCCCAUUGCUCGACCAGACAAACACAUCCGCGCUGCUGAAGACAUUGCGAGGAACACUGACACAGAAGGCUGGGUCAAGUUCUCUGGCACCUUUACUGGGAUCAACAGCUUCCCGGGUGGAUUCUACAGGGGGGAGGGGUCGCCUGGGGGGUUACUCUGGGGUCAGGAUGGCGCUGGUAUGAACAUGUAUCUAGAGAAACAGACAAGCAAGAUAUCCUACCUAAAAUGGAUGCUGGGCAUUUCUAGAAGAGAAGGCGACCUGAACGUGCUGCAGUGCAAUGCUGAUCAUAUCGAGGAGCACUAUGUGAGGGCGUUCAGGUUCCGUCUGACGACGUCCGACUCUGCCAGGGAGGCACAUGGCGAGGCUUGCAGUCCCACUGAGGACAUGAGAAGAGAACUCCAGCAUUUGGUCUUUCUGGACGGGGAGGUCCGACACAUGGAAACCUUAUCAAUGGAUGUCAGGAUUCUGCGAAAUGUCACAGAAUUCUUUUGUGCAAAGCCUACUGCCUAGAUACCAUUAUCACGCUGAAUGCAGUGAAUAAGUGACACGUUUCUGACGACGAAAGGGGCAUUACAUGCUGUGCCUGGACCUAUGUAUGAUAUCAUCCCUGUAGGCUCACAAUGAUCCAUCGCUUCAAGAUCAACAGACAUGCGAGAGUGGAUGAAUCUGUAAGAAAACAUGAACAACAUAUUGCAGAAGAACAUCAUUAAUGUUUUGAACGUGAUAUCAGUUUGUGUUUGAACAAGUGUGGUACAUGCUUCUGUUACGGAAUUGAGAUCUACUUAUUCUUUCCUGCAUGUGUGUUUCUGUACUCUGUUUCAGGAACGGCCCUUCCCACGAGGAAUGUGACAAAGCAAUAGUCAGCCAGCAAAAUAAUUUGUGAUAGAUAGAGAUAGAGAGACAGAUAGAGAGAGAUUUAUCAUAAAAAAAUGUCUUCCUAAUUUUUUAAGAACGCCAUCAUUUGUCUGUUUAAAGAGUAAUGUGUAUAUUCAAGGCCCUUAUCGUCACCUUAUCUUCAUCAUUGUAUCUUCCAAAUAGUCCAGCGGAUUAUGCCAUAUUAUUCAAAAUUCGUGCACUUUGUGGUAAAAGCAUGAAAUUUGGCAUCAAUAUACAUAAUACCAAUACGGCUAAAUUUAGAUAUAGUGCCAUCGUUGACUUGACCUCAUGCGACCUUGGCGGCUAUUCUUUGCAACUAAAAUAGCUGGAGCCAUAAUAUUGGUGUGUAAAUAAAUGUGUUUUAUCUCCAAGUAAGUUGAAAACCUCGUUGAGUGUGUUAACCCUUGAUAAUUGGAAAUAUUCCUAAUAAUAUGGCAUCAACGCGUAUGGCGGGCGACUCUCCUAUCGGUCACUGAAGAAGUAUAACCCAUCCAAGAUAAGCAUAUUGGGAGUGUUUGUUAAAUUGUCUCCGCUGUUAAGGGUUAAAAAUACCUAAUACUCAUAUCUCAAGACGAAAAAGUUUUCAAUUGCAGUUUAUUGGUUACACAUACAUAUACCAGCAACAUCCAUCACUCUUGCACAGUGCAGUACAGCUUAAUGCUGCUUUCACGCACUUGCAGUUUGCUCACAACCUUUUGUGCAGCCACAUCGCAGUAGUUCUCUGCACACUGUGCUGGCCUGUGGGAGGCUGCUCCAAAUGACUUCCCAUGUUCCUCUAUCAGUUCUUGUCCAACCCCAUCCUUCUGGUCGUGGUAUGUCAACCACUGGUCUAAGAACCUGGCUCCAAAAAUGCCCAGCCUGGUAAGCUACUCUUCUCACGUGGUGUAGAAGGGCAUAUUGUGUUGGUGAAAUGUUGUUCACAUCUCUUCCUUUGUGUGCAAAGAGAUCCACUCUUGCCUCGUUCACAUGACACUUCAAGCUGGUUUUGUCAUUUGUAGAACAAAAGCUCUCUCUACAGUGUCCAUAGACCUAUCGACAUCUGUCAGUUGUGGCUGGUUCAUUAGUGCAGCAAACUCAUUAGUGACCUCAUGGUACAUAUUCCAUAUGCCCCACGCUUCUUUCUUUCCCCUUUCGGCGAUGCAGGAGACAGUGUCAAAUCCUGUCAAGGCAAAGUGACAUGGGAAGUGCGAGACUUUUGUCUGGUCUAAUUGCUAAAGCGAUGUCAUGUGCCGGAAUCAGUCAGAAGCGUUUGCCUGUUCCAAAGGCCAUCCACAAAGCAGUAAGUAGCAUUCUUAGCUGUACAGCAAGCACAACAGCAUCACUGUCCACUGUACGGAUGAGAAUCUUGUACUGUUUAGCUGCAUCAGCGACAUGGACCAUAAUUCGGCUGUCUGCUUCCUCGUGUGUGCAAGGCGCUAGUCCUUCUGUUGUUCUAGGCAGUUGACAGACAACAUCCUCGUGCAGUGUGCUAAUGACUUGCUUGUCGGUUUGGAUAGUGUUGGCUUCUGUGCUGAGAAACACGAAUGGUUCUUUCUUAUUGUCAGCAAGUUUCAAGUAGUCUCCCAAAAAGUAUCCCAGUUUUUUUAGAUUGGAUUGUUUGGCUGUACUCGACGGCGCCCUCCUUUACCUCUCUUAGCUCGUGUUUGUUCUUUCAAAGAGUUUGACCUAUAUUCAUCCCAAACAAUAUCUAUUCGUUGGCACUUGGUAUGGUAGAAAGACAUCCUGAGAAUACUCUUUGAAAGUCUUUGUUGAACCUGGCUUCAACAUGUGAACUAUUGCUGGCCCAUCUAUCACUACAACCUUUGUACCUGUAUUUAUCUCAUCUUGCUUCAGCAAAACAUCUUCCAGGCAUUAAACUAUGUCAGAUUUAGUGCCAAGCCUGAGUUUGCCCCUGUCUGAAAGGGAUGGUGGGCAUACCUGAUCCUUUUAUUAUUAUCAUUAUUAUUAUUAUUAUUAUUUAUUGGGUCGUCUAUAGAUUUUGACCUUCCUACAAGACGCUCUUUCACAAAUGCAGUGUAUUGUUCACAUCCAAGCCUUUCAAGCAUGUCAGGUGUCUUCUGUGCAUCAUCAAAUGAAACUUCAAAGUCAUUGAUGAGACGUGCCAUCUCAGGUCCACUGACCAUCCAUCUCUGGAGAGUAGCUCGAUUCUCAGUCACCCCAACAGCUCCACCAUCAUCUUUUACCACAGCAUGAUUCUGCUCAUGUGCUUGAUCAAUAGCAAUUCUUGAGUAAGCAUGAGUUGUCUUGUUCACUUUGAACUGUCCAUUCAAGAACUGAGCAUAGAUAUUUGGGUGCAGCUUUUACGGAGGUGGACUAAUAUCCAUCGUGCAUAGUGGUAGUGAUCAAGAGAGAAAACAAGCUUGGUCAGAGAAUCGACAUACAGAUGGAAGUUGCCAGUACGAAUAGAUCGCACAAACACAAGCAUGGUGAGUUGUAGUUCAAGGACCAUGAACCAGAACUUGAACGUCGGAUGACACUCCUGUUGCACAAUACACCAGACUUCAAGGCACUGUAUCUUCAUUCUAAUAUGCUGAGAUGGUUAAAAUGUGUGCUAAAGUUCGUGCUUUUACCACAAUGUGCAAGAUUUACUGUGUUAAAAGGUCACUUGUCACAGUGAAAUACCUUGAACAACUGAUUCAAGGUUUUGUUGAUCUCACCCUGUGACAUUAUUUCAAUAACAAAAGAUUUCACUAUCACACAAUUGCUUGAGGUUCAAAAUUUAUCAAACAACCCUCAUACACGCACACGCACACACGCGCACACACACACACGCACACACACACACACACACACACACACAUACACACAUGCAUCCGUUAACAUCACCAGUGUGGGGUAAAUGUACUCGCCCAUCUUACAGAGUGUGGUUGGCAAGUAUAUGUACAAGUAGGAGGCAAUGUUUGUUACAGUAGAGUAGAUAUUGUUAUGCUGGAGUAGAGAAGCCUGUUAUGUACACACAAGGCACGAAUGCAGUUCACCAUGGAGGAAGAAACCAAUCGACAGCCCACCUUCCUUGAUGUACUCGUACAGAAAGAUAGUAACGACAAACUCCAGACCACUGUGUAUCGGAAACCUACCCACACAGAUCAAUACAUACACUAUGCCUCCAACCAUCCACCUCAAGUCAAGAAAGGAAUUGUUUCAACCCCAGCAAGACGAGCUCAAAACAUCUGUUCCACGAAGCAACAUCUAACUACUGAACUAAACCAGCUCAAACAAGUAUUUACACAGUAUAACCUCUAUCCUGAGCAACUAGUACAACAGACGAUACAGAACAUCACCAAGAAAUCUCGGAAAUCCCCCUGUCAACAGUCUGCGCCCUUUGUAAUCAGCCUCCCUUACUUUGGAACAGUAAGCCACAAAAUCCAGAGACUCUUAAAGAAACAGGCCAACAUUGAUGUAAUUUUCAAGAGAGGUCAUACCAUUCAGAACAAUUAAAGCCACAUGGAAACCAUCAUCGAGCCACAAGCUAGAACCACCAGGAGCAGUGUACCACAUUCCAUGCAACUGUGGACAAGCUUACAUAGGAGAAACAUCUAGGCCCCUCAAAACCCGAAUAAAAGAACAUCAAAGUUCAGUCUCCAAAUAUGACUCUAAAUCAGCUCUACCAGACCACAUCCGUGACAACCCAAGCCACAGCAUUCAGUGGGAGAGAGUCACAGCCCUCAACACCAACCUCAAAGACAAAAAUAUAUAUACCGUGUAAUAUACAAUGACAGAAAUAUAUAAUAUGUGUAGCAUACACUGAACGAAUAUAUAAAUGUAAUGAAUAAGUUCAAUGAGAGAGUUGACAUGAUCCACACAUAUACUACAUUGUAUAUGUACGAGGGCUGGCUGAAAAGUUCUAAGCCUAAGUGGGAUAUCUCAAUCGGAUUGAAACAAACUUUUACCACCAACAAGUACAAUCAUUUAAUGAAUCAUAGACAUAAGAA